AUGGAUGACAGUAUGGAAAAAGUAAAAUUUAUACAAAAAAAUUGUUUAUAUUGUGGUGUAUUGACUUUUUUUGAUGAACAAAUGUUAAAAAAUUUUUAUAUAAAUAAUUGUGAAUCAUUUUUUUAUGUAUGUGAUAAUUGUAAAAAAUCUAGUAUAGAAAAUAUAGACAACAUAAGUGAUAAAAAAGAGAAUGAACAAAUAAGUUUUCAAAAUGAAGUAAGAGAAAAAUUUCAAGCAAUAAAUGAUCCUGUAACAAAUUAUGUUCAUUAUACUAAUGAUAUUGUUACAAAUCAACAUUUAUGUCCUAAUUCUCGUGCUUAUAACAAAUUAAGAUAUACCUUUAUUAAUAAGCUUAUACACUUAGAUUUAUCAAUUCAGGAAAUAAAAUUGUUUUUAAUGGUAAAAGAAAAUGAAGAAAAAAAAGAACUUUUUAAUAAACAUCUUAUAAUGAAAACUCGUAUACGAAAAUGUCUCGAAGAAUGUAAUGUUGAAGAAACAAUUCAGAUUGAAAAUAGCACUAAAUGUAUUUUUAAAGCUAUGUUAAAGCAAAUUUUAUCACAUACAACAAAAAUUAAAAAAAUGACAGGAGAAUAUCGUUUAGACAUAGAAAAAUUAAGUACUGAGACAUAUAAAAAAGUUUAUAAAUUUACUAGUGAAUGUAAAAUUUGUAACUUUGAUUGUAUUACACCACAAAAAAUGAUAGAACAUGUCUUUUCUUUUCAUUUAGGUAUAAAAAAUAGUGCCCUAUUGAAAUGUGCUACAUGUAUUAAACAUUUCUCAUUUUCAGAAUCUUUUUUGGAUUUUUAUACAGUUUUUCAACAUUAUGUUACUUGUAACCAACAUAAUGGUGAGAAGUUUAAAAAUAAUUUUAUACAAGCAUCAAGAGGACAUGAAAUUUCUAUCUAUAUUGAUGAAUGUUAUGGUUACGAUAUAUUGAUUGAUUAUGAAAAGACAUUCGAUUUAUGCUUUGUCAUUUCUGAAUUUACUACGAUUUAUGAUUAA